AGCAUUACAAAGCAAGAAGAAACUAGGAAGUUAUGGGCAGGGCACGCAGGCCUCCACCUGGGCAGCACAGGCAUUGUGAGAGAUGUUUUAACCGUCACUGUCACAUUCCUGUGGAGCCCAAUGUCUCCUGCCUGGUGAUAAACUGCCGCCUGUCCUGUGGUGCUACCUUCCACAUGUGCAAAGAGGCAGAGCACGAGCUCCUCUGCCCCUUAGAGCAGGUUCCGUGCCUCAACUCCGAAUAUGGCUGCCCCCUUUCCAUGUCCCGCCAUAAGCUGGCCAAGCACCUGCAGGUGUGCCCUGCUAGUGUGGUCUGCUGCUCCAUGGAGUGGAACCGCUGGCCAAACGUGGACUCUGAAACAACCCUACAUGAGAACAUCAUGAAAGAGAAUCCCAGUGAGGAGUGUUUGGACACAGCGCUGGCUCUCCAGGACCAGAAGGUCCUUUUCAAAUCUUUGAAAAUGGUAGAACUUUUUCCGGAAAGUCGAGAGCCCACUGAGGAGGAACCUACUGGGAAUGGAGAAGCCAGCUGGGAGGAAAUGGGAGGAGCAGUAGGUGGAGUGGAUGCCAGUUUGGUACCACAUAGCUGUCUAUCAGCCACCAAGGAAGAGAUGGCAGAACUGAGUCAAGAAGAACGCGAGGUGUUAGCCAAAACCAAAGAAGGGAUAGACCUGGCUAAGUUUGACCAGUGGGAAAAUAUUUUCAGCAAAGAGCAUGCAGCCUCUGCUUUAAGAAACUCAUCAGCGAGCUGUGAAAACAAGAGCAGGAAUGGCCCGGGCAAAGAACAGAUUUCCGACAGCAAUAACAUGGUAGUAGAGGGUGCUGCCCAAGGGAAAGAACCCCAGGAAAACGAGAAGCAGCAAGACUUUUGUGCAGCUGUGGAAACAACAGGGCUUGCCCCUUGGCAGGAUGGUGUCCUAGAAAGACUGAAAACUGCCGUGGAUGCAAAGGACUAUAACAUGUACCUGGUGCACAACGGGAGGAUGCUUAUUCAUUUUGGUCAGAUGCCCGCUUGUACGCCUAAGGAGAGGGACUUUGUUUAUGGCAACCUUGAAGCUCAGGAAGUGAAGACUGUUUAUACCUUCAAAGUUCCUGUGAGCUACUGUGGGAAGCGGGCUCGCCUUGGAGAUGCUAUGUUGAGUUGUAAGCCCAGUGAACACAAGGCAGUAGACACUUCAGAUUUGGGGAUCACUGUGGAGGACCUGCCCAAAUCAGAUCUCAUCAAGACCACCCUGUUGUGUGCUUUGGAAAGAGAACUCAAAGGCCAUGGCAUCUCUGAAUCCAGGAGCAUUGAUGGGCUAUUCAUGGAUUUUGCUACACAGACGUACAAUUUUGAGCCGGAACAGUUUUCUCCUGGGACGGUGCUGGCUGACCUAACGACUGCCAGCCCAGAGGGGCUCCACGUGGAGCUCCACAGUGAGUGUGUGACCAGGAGACACAACAAGAGCAGCUCUGCCUUUACUUUCACUUGCAACAAAUUCUUCAGGAGGGACGAAUUCCCCCUGCAUUUCAAGAAUGUCCACACAGACAUUCAGUCAUGUCUUAACGGCUGGUUCCAGCACCGAUGCCCCCUUGCCUACUUGGGAUGUACAUUUAUUCAAAGCCAUUUCCGUCCCCCAGGGCAAAAGGCAAAAGUAAUCUAUAGUCAGGAGCUUAAGACCUUUGCCAUCAAGCCGGAGGUUGCUCUGGAGCUCAGUGAGGGAAGGAAAAACAACCAUCUCUCAGGCUGUGGAGGGAAAAGCCAGAAUUCUCUAACCAGCCUGCCCUUGGAGGUUUUGCAGUACAUUGCUGGGUUCUUGGACAGCAUCAGCCUGUCCCAGCUUUCCCAGGUGUCCGUGCUGAUGAGGAAUAUCUGUGCCACUUUGUUACAAGAGAGAGGGAUGGUCCUCCUGCAAUGGAAGAAGAAGAGGUAUUCCCAUGGAGGCACUGCCUGGAGAGUCCACAGAGAGAUCUGGCAAUUCAGCAGCCUAUUCUCCAAAAUCAAGAGCUGGGAGUUUAAUGAAGUCACCUCCAUGUCUGAGCACUUGAAGGUCUGUCCUUUCAAUGUUGUAGAGCACAAGACUGACCCAAUUCUUUUGACCAGCAUGUGUCAGCCCCGUGAGCAGGCCCGAGAGAGCUUAGUCACCACCUUUAGAGCCAGUCCACGAGGAAGACACGCCAACUAAAGAUUCAGACGCAAGCAUUCUUGGAUUC